UUUCUUCAGUUAAUGUGUCCGAAAUUAGCGUUCGUCGUAUAUUGUUUGUCAAUGCGAGUUAGCACACGAGCAAUUAAAAAUAAAUAUUUUCAGAAAUAUUUCUGCUAUUGUAAAACUUUUUUUUUUUUCUUAUUAGUGCUUUUGUGAAGAUACUUUUCUCUUCAAACUAGAGCGAAUAAAUCUUUAACGGAACUAACUGCAAAAUGCUUUUUGAAAUAAUUUAAAAUAAAAGGGUUUAUGAAUUUAUUUCAUGCUCUGUUCGAGUUUCCGACCUCAUUAAAACUUUUUAUACGUUUAUGCAGGCGAUAAUGGGCUUAGAAUAAGAAUAAUAAUUUACUUAUUCGUUUGUAGUCUAUUAAUCAAACUUUUUUAAUGUUAGGACAUUUGUACGUCAGCUGCCCUGUCGCUGACCAUGGUACUGAAAGUUUUUCUUUUUUUUCUUUCUUACGAGUCCUCAUGCACUCACAAAUAUUCUGUUAGUUAAAAAUUAAAAACGGCAAUUAUUCAGUCGCACGUACACUCUAAAGACAUUUUUUAAAUAGAGCGCUUUAUGACACUCAUUUCGUCUGGCACAUAUACUGCAGUAAUACACACCCAGUCAGACUCUCACGAUCGUAGAAAUCACUUGAUCUAUAGGUUUGAUCAAUCUUUCUCCGUUCCGUAUAAUAACACAAAUGUCAAGAAGUUAUACAGAACUCUUAUACUCGUCCCCCAGUUUCCGAUGCAUUUUGACGAGAUCAUAACACCAACUUUAUUUUCAGCGGUGCAUAAAUUAAUUACACGCAUUUAAUAACUAAAAUAUCAUUAUAUUCCCCUCUUAAUAUCAUAAACGUUCUACGCCAGGGAAGCACUUAAUAGUGCAGGGGGCCAUAACAGGCUAUUAUCCUUGUGUAAUGCUAUUAGAGAACCAAUUAUGCACCAUUACACUUGCUUUUUUGCAGUUUAUGUGAUUUCAUCCAAUACCGUCCUGCACUUCAAAAUUUCAGCUGCUACUCGGAGCCUCAUUUCCAGCAGCAGAGGAGCGGCGGUGUCUGCGCGCGGCGUCCCGCGUGCGUUUUAAAAGUAAUUGAAAGGGUCCCGCUGCAUAUCAUUUACGCGAGAGUGGGAAAUAAAUCCUUGGACCCCUUGCUGUGAACAAAAUCAAAAUUUGGACCUGCGAGCGCGCAGCCAGUGGAUUCUCGUAUAAAGUGGACCCCUAACCCAUAUAAUGAGCAAUUACUGGUCUGACAGCCAAUUUUAAAUUCAAAAACAGUCAUCUAGAUUUUUAAUAUAAAAAGCAACUGUGUAAAAAAGUGCAUCGUGCUUGUGCCCGUGUGUUUGUGAUUUGGGAAUAUGCAUGCAUCGAGCGAAAGUUACACUUUCGGAGUAUGAAUGCCUUGGAGGACUUUGACGUUUCCACCACGUGCGCAAUCCGGUUGGCCGCGGAGAACCUAUCCAAAUGACUUGAAAACGAAAAUCUGAUUAAUUGCAAUUACGUGGGAGAUUAUAAAGGCGAGUGUUGUCAUGCUCUAAACAGUCACAAAGACAUCUGGUCACUCCCUACUUACGCGCGCGCGAGCGGAUAAACCGAAGCGCUCAGUGAUUGACGGUGGAGGUGGGAGUGCGAUUGCUCUGCUCUGCUGAGGUUGAGCUGGAGACACGAGAAUCGCUAUUGCGUAAAGACCGUCUGUUGAGUGAAAUAUUCUCUCCACUCGCAAAGCACCGGGAAACAUGUUUUACUUUCACUGUCCUCCACAGUUAGAAGGAGAGUGCUGCAGGACCAACACAUUGAACACAAAUGGGUUUGGGAAUCACGCCUCUGGAGACUUUGAUGACGGUUUUCUGCGCAGAAAACAACGCAGAAACAGGACGACCUUCACUUUACAACAGUUGGAGGCUUUGGAGGCUGUUUUUGCACAGACCCACUAUCCAGAUGUGUUUACGAGAGAAGAGCUGGCUAUGAAAAUCAACCUAACAGAGGCUCGCGUCCAGGUGUGGUUCCAAAACCGAAGAGCAAAGUGGAGAAAAACAGAGAGAGGAACUUCAGACCAGGAGGGAAGCAAAGAACAAAUGAAUGACGGCACCCCUCCUGCACGCAACCUCAACCAGUCUCCUGUUGACCACAGCAGAAAUAAGAAAGAACCAAUGGAACUACAGCAGAAUAUUAACAGAGUGGUGGGUUCAGGUGGACCAUUUUUUCCAUCUUGUCUGCCUGGGACUCUGCUGAACACAGCCACUUACGCACAAGCCCUUUCACAAGUGGCAACUUUAAAAGGAAGUCCAUUGUGUUCCUGCUGUGUGCCUGACCCAAUGGGCCUCUCCUUCCUGCCACCAUAUGGGUGCCAGAGUAACCGGACAGCCAGUGUCGCAGCCCUGCGGAUGAAGGCCAGGGAACAUUCGGAGGCGGUGCUGCAGUCAGCCAACCUGCUGGGGGCAGGGUCUACAGCCGGGCCCGGAGCAGGUCCAGGGGUCGGGCUGGGCCAAAGCACUGUUUCUGUAGGAGGAAGCGAUUCCAGUCCGACCGGGACCUCUAAGAUCACAUCGCUACGGAGAACUCCAGACAAACAUCUGCACUGCCAAAAGGAGGGUCCAGAUAAGAAAUGAAGGAGUCUUGUUUUUUGAUUUUUUGUUUUUUCCUAAUUUGAGGACACGCUUUGGACGAAGGAUUUAUAAUCAAACAUUGAAUGCCUGCUGCCUCUUUUUUGAGAGCACUGACAUACCCGGCACAGGACGGUGUUAAGUGCAAUCCCUUGUUGUGUAUUUUGCGUGUAUGUGUCAAACUAUUAAUUCUACUGUAAUUUUUCCUCUCCUCGUGAUUCUUGCCAUUGGUUUUCCCUCUUCGGGUGUAUGUGGGUACCUGGCGCUUAAUUCGUUUUUUUGUGAGCGGAAUGACUUUUGAACUGGCUGUGUGGUAAAAGAAAACUCCCUGGUUGCCAAUGUGAACUUAUUUAAUUUUUCACAAUCCACUUUGAUGUUUGACUUGUGUACUGUGAAGUCAGGUGAUGAUAGACAUUCUGCGUUGUGUCAAGAUAUAUGCCAUGCUGAAAUAUAAAUGUACUAAUGUGAAAUAAUAUAUGUAAGAUAAUAUCAAGGACAGAACUGUAUAUUAAGUGGUUUGUCAUGUCUUAUGAUAUGGUCUGGGUAACUCUUAUUCAUGCUGAUGUGAUGGCAACUGACAUCUCUCUUGUCAUCGCAUCUGUACGUCUGUUAUAGACUGCAAGAGUUCAGACACUGGUCCUGUUUUGACAUGUUCUAUAAAACAAUUAAACAUGUAGGCAAUCAUGUACAUCUCCUGUUGCCUAUUGCUCACACCAUCUGGCUAUGAUCAAUUAUUAAUUAGUUCACAAGCGGUAGGGCUGCAAAAAUGGAAGCAAUGGUUGGUCUUAUUAUUUAUUUACCUUAAAGUACAUCACGACUUUCUCAUAUCACAUAGCUAUUUGACAUGCGUCCCGUGAUGACAAUGAUGUGAUAGGUGCUAAUUAUAUGCAAAGCUCAGCUGUCAUUAGGGUUUUAAGCAGCUUAUUGCCACUUUUGUAGGAAUUCUUUUUGUUAUUUUCUUUAUAUCAAAAAAUAUGAACAAAACCACACUGUUUUAGAUUAUAAGUUCUAUUAUAUGACAAGGAAUAGUCAUUUAGGGGCAGAUGAAGUAUCAAAUAGGUUAUUAAAAGAAAACGUGAGCACCUGUUUUCAAAGAAACCCAUUGCAAUAUUGGAAAAUCAACUUAGUUUAAGAACACUUAACUGUGCUACCUUUGAAAAGAAGCUGGACUGAUUAAAUUCUCGUCCUUGAGGAUUUUCAGGAAAUUACUUUUGAUAGUCAAUAACACAAUUGAGUAAACUGCACACACAUUAGCAUUAAUAAUUGAUGUUGAAUUAUGUAUUAUCACAAAGUAGUGAUUUAAUUAUUCAUGAUGUGACACCCUGGUGACAAAGCAGAGCAGAUAAUGUCAAAAGUCUUGCCUGAUGAAACAGUGCAGCUUGGCAUUUGCUUGUUUGGUGAAAAUAAUAUAUGCUUUGUUCAAAAUAUGUGUGCAAAUACGAUAUUAUUUAGAUUGAACUUUCAAAAAAAUAAGAAAACACCUUUUUUUUUGUUGCUAGAAAUGUAAGGAUGACAAUAAUAGAAAAUUUGACUAUUAUAAUACAAAUAAGGUUAGAGAAAAUUAAAAGUAUGACCAGGCCGCAAUAUUAUUAAUUAGCAGGCAUGGCAUCAUCUCCAUAUAAUAAGCAGAAUUGCUAUUACUCAUAACAUGACAUUAAGUGCGAAACA